GCUCAAGAACAUGUCCUGCUCAUGCGUCUCCUGUUUCUUUUUCCUAAUUCCCCGGUGCUUCGCCUAUUUCUCCUGCCAUCUUUGAUGUAGAAAACCAGUUAUGACACCAAUUUAUGAUGAAGAAUCAGCCCAUUCCACGCGUUCGGGGAGUUGGUCAGUCCAAAGUGACCUUUCCCAUGACAUACGUAACAACCUUACUACAUACUACUCUACUACUGGAAGGGAUGGAUGGAUUCCCUCCAUCUCGGGUGUCAAUUCUUCUUAGUUUCUUUCUUUCCUUCGUUCCACUUUGGAUGUAUCGUGGCGCUUGUUCAGGUGGACGGCAGUCUCUUUGCUCUUUUCGUUUCACUUCUUCCCCCUUUCUUGCUUCCAUGCUUGUUUCUCAUCGGGAUCAUGUACUAGAUUACCUCAAGUCGAAUGAAUAUGACGUUCCUAUCUCGUAUGUGUAUCUUUUUUAAUGAAUUGCUGCGCAGCGGUGCCCCAACGUAGUAACCCCACCAAAGAUCUAAGUAAUUAACCAGAAGGCCGGGCUUACGACUGCGUGCAUG